AUGGGGCACCCGUCCCUUCCACGUCUGCGCGCUAUGUCUAGUCAGCGUCUUGUCCUAGGCCUCCCACGUGUCUUGCCGUCGCUGCCGCCUUCGCCUGCGCCGCCGUGUCGUCCCUGCGUCGAGGGUAGGCUGCGCGCCACCCCUCACUCCUCCUCCCUUCGUCCGGCCACCGAGCCUUUUGAGACGCUUCACUUGGACGUCUGGGGCCCAGCCCCUCGUCUAGGCCCUGAGCGUGAGCGUUACUUUCUGGUGGUAGUUGACGACUUCUCCCGCUACACCACAGUGUUCCCUCUGGCGAAGAAGUCUGAGGUGACUUCUACGCUGAUCAGGUGGUUGCUCACCACUGAGGACACUCGUGGUCGUCGUGUCAGCUGUCUCCACUCCGACCGUGGGGGUGAGUUUCGCUCCGGCAUUCUCGCUGGAUUCUGUCGCGAGCAGGGCAUUCGUCAGUCCUGGACGCUUCCAGAGUCCCCACAGCAGAAUGGGGUUGCUGAGCGCCGCAUAGGCCUGGUCAUGGAGAUCGCCCGCACCUCCCUGACUCACGCCUGUGCCCCCCAUUUUCUGUGGCCCUACGCGGUCAGGUACGCCGCGCACCAGCUGAACCUCUGGCCACGUGUCUCUCGACCAGAGGUUUCACCGACCAGUCUUUGGACAGGGUCCCCUGGUGUUGCGUCGCGGUUUCGUGUCUGGGGGUGCUUGGCUCUUGUCCGCGACACCUCCGCGGACAAGCUCUCGCCUUGUGCCGUCCCCUGUGUCUUCCUUGGUUUCCCUGAGGACUCCUCUGACUUCACCUUUUACCACCCUCCCUCUCACCGGUUCUUUGACUCCCGUGACGUCCGUUUCGAGGAGUCCACUCCGUACUACGUCAGGUACCCCAGUCGAGGUCUCCCGGUUCCUCCUCCCCCCCUCUUCCUGACUGCCGUUCCCCCUCCUGCUCCCCCGGUACAGCCUCCCCCCCCUGGUCCAGCCCCGUCAGGUGUGUCCCAGGCUACCCCUCCUCCUUCGGUAGCCCCUCCGGUACAGCCUCCCUCCCCACAGUCCUCCUCGCAGCGUGCCGCUGGUGCUAGCUCUCGAGAGGUUGGUGAGGCGCCUGUUCCUGUACCGGUUUCUGGUUCUGGGGUGCUGGAGUUGGAGCUGGAGUUGGAGCUGGAGUUGGCACUGGAGUUUCUGGUUCUGGGGGUGCUGGAGUUGGAGCUGGGGUUGGAGCUGGAGUUUCUGGUUCUGGAGUUGGAGCUGACCCGGUGGGUGCAGAGGACUCUUGUCGUCCGGGAGCUGGUGCUGGCCGCGCGGACACUGGGGGUGCUGCGUCUGGGGGUGAGGGUGCGCCUCCUUCGGGUUCAGGCUCGUGUUCGCCGUGCCCGUGACGAGCAGCUGGCGUUGGAGAGAGAGGAGAGGGAGUUACAGCGGCUGGAGGAGCAGCAGCAGCAGCUGGAGCCGCAGGAGCAGCAGCAGCAGCAGCAGCAGCUGGACCCGCAGGAGCAGCAGUCCCAGCAGCAGCCGCGUCCGCAGCAGCAGCAGUCGCAGCCGCAGCAGCAGCAGCCACUUCCUCCUCCUGUCUCGGGUCUUCGGAUCCUUGGUCUCCCCUCCCCUUCUCCUCCCUCCUCCGCCUCUCCUCCUGUCUACGGUCCCACGUUUCCUCCUCCUGACUCCUCCCCCGCUGUUUUCCCCAGUUCUCCGCCUUUGUCCUCUCCUCCUCCGUCUCAUUCUUGGGCUACUCGUCGCUCCCCUCGUGCUCGUCCCUCGUCUCCUGUUCCCUUCACUGACCUUCGUACUGCCUUCCUUCUUUCUAGUCCACCUCGUCCGUCUCAGUCUGUGCUUCCGUCUCCUCCUGAGUCGGCCCUCACUGUGUCGCUCCCUACUCCUGUCACUGACUACUACCGCACGUACCGUCCUGUUCUCUCUCGUGUUCUCGCCUCUCUUGUUACUCACCCUCGUGCCUCUGUGUCCUCUGUGUCCGCUCUUACUGCCGCAGUUACUGACUUUGCCUCUACCCGCCGCCUUGACUACGCCACCACGCUUGUGGCUGCUCCUCCUACCAGUCCUCUGGCCGUCGGGGGUGUGUCUGCCCUUGGCUGUGACGCCCUAGAGGACAGGCAGUUUGAGCUAGAGUUCCUGGCGGCCGCUUCCCCUCAUCUCUGUGCCAUGCUCCUCGCCCCUGAGGGUGACCCCGACGCCCUUGACAUUCCGACUCCUCGCACUUACGCUGAGGCAGUGUCAGGGCCUUGGGCCUCUCAGUGGAGAGCUGCCAUGGACGCAGAGAUGGCCUCCUACAGAUCCACAGGCACCUACGUCGAUGAGGUUCCCCCCCCUGGGGCGAACGUAGUCGACGGCAUGUGGAUCUACAGGGUGAAGCGGCCACCGGGAUCUCCCCCGGUCUUCAAGGCGCGCUACGUGGCUAGAGGUUUCAGUCAGCGCGAGGGAGUUGACUUCUUUCAGACCUUCGCACCUACCCCGAAGAUGACCACUCUUCGGGUGUUACUACACGUAGCAGCACAGAGAGACUACGAGUUACACUCUCUCGACUUCUCCACUGCUUUCCUUCAGGGCAGCCUACACGAGGAGGUCUGGUUGCGUCGUCCCUCGGCCUUCACUGGCACCUUCCCUCCUGGGACCCAGUGGAGGCUGAGGCGACCUGUUUACGGUCUUCGCCAGGCCCCUCGUGAGUGGCACGACACUCUGCGUUCUACCCUCUCUGACCUUGGGUUCCAGCCGUCUUCUGCCGACCCGUCGCUGUUCGUUCGUCGUGGCUCCACACCGUUCUUUGUUCUGGUCUACGUCGACGACCUCGUUUUCGCCACUUCGGACAGGGUUGCUUUGGCAGACGUGAAGUCCGAACUGCAGAAGAGACACACGUGCACUGAUCUUGGUGAGCUGCGCCACUACCUUGGCCUGCAGAUCACCAGGGACAGAGCCGCUCGCACCAUUACACUCUCACAGUCACACAUGGUGCAGCAGGUCCUUCAGCGGUUCGGGCUUCAGCACUCCACCGUACAGCGCACACCUCUAGCUGUUGACCACAGACUCACUGGUCCCUUUCCUGACGAGCCGUUUGAGCCUAGUGGUCCCUACGCAGAGCUUGUGGGUUGCCUCAUGUACCUGAUGACUUGUACUCGCCCGGACCUCGCCUUCCCUCUCAGCAUCCUUGCGCGCUUUGUUGCGCCAGGGAGACACCGUCCUGUUCACUGGACGGCAGCUGUGAGGGUGGCGAAGUACCUAGCGACUACAUCAGGCGUGGGGCUAGUUCUUGGAGGGCAGCAGUCUGUCGUACUCACUGGUCACUGUGACUCCUCUUACGCUGACGACGCUGAGACUCACAGGUCUACUCAGGGGUACUGUUUCAGUCUGGGUUCUGGAGCUGUUUCCUGGCGUUCCACGCGCUCCUCUUCUGUCUCGACCUCUACAGCUGAGGCUGAGAUUUACGCUGGUGCCAUGGCGGCACAGGAGUUACGGUGGUUGACCUUCUUGCUCGCCGACCUUGGUGAGCGGCCGAGCUCUGCACCGACCUUGUUUACUGACAACAAGGCGUCGAUCCUCCUCUGUCGUGAGCCGCGACUGGAGAGCAGAGUGAAGCACAUUCACAUCAGGUACUUUCUUCUGCGAGAGUUGCAGAGGCGUGGACAGGCUCGCUUCGAGUUUGUAGAGUCCGAGGCCAACACUGCAGACAUCUUCACCAAGGCGCUUCCGCCUUGUGACCACCAGAGGUGUUGUGUGCAGUUAGGCCUUGUUGACACAGGUUCUAGUCAUGCGUAG